CUCCGAACUGCACACACAGACAGACAGACACUGAGGUCAGAGCAGCUGGCCGACAUGGCGGUCAGAAAGGUUUGCAUCAUAGCUCUGUUGGCCGGGCUUUGCUUGGCUGACGGCGGCGGUUACAGCGGCGGAGGCGGAGGCUACAGCGGAGGAGGCGGCGGCGGCGGCGGUUAUAGCGGAGGCGGCGGAGGCGGCGGUUACAGCGGAGGCGGAGGUGGUGGUUACAGCGGAGGCGGAGGCGGUUACAGCGGUGGAGGCGGCGUUGGUUUCAGCGGAGGCGGCGUUGGUUUCAGCGGAGGCGGAGGCGGUUACAGCGGAGGCGGAGGCGGUGGUUACAGCGGUGGAGGCGGUGGUUACAGUGGCGGUGGUGGUUACAGCGGAGGCGGCGGUGGUUACAGCGGAGGCGGUGGUUACAGCGGAGGAAGUAUCGGUGGUUACAGUGGAGGCGGCGGCGACGGCUACAGUGACUACGGUCCUCCCAAAGGAUAUUCUUCUGGAGUGUCAAUAAGUUACAGCAGUGGAAGCGGUGGUUACAGUGGAGGCGGCGGCGGUGGUUACAGCGGAGCAGGAGGAGGCGGUUACAGUGGAGGAGGCGGUGGCUACAGCGGAGGCGGUGGUGGUUACAGCGGAGGUGGAGGUGGUUACAGCGGAGGAAACAUCGGUGGUUACAGCGGCGGAGGCGGUGGCGGUUACAGCGGGGGAGGCGGUUACAGCGGCGGUGGUGGCUACAGCGGAGGAAGCAUCGGUGGUUACAGCGGAGGCGGCGGAGGCGGCGGUUACAGCGGCGGAGGCGGCGGCUACAGCGGAGGAAGCAUCGGUGGUUACAGCGGAGGAGGAGGUUACAGCGGAGGUAGCAUUGGUGGUUACAGCGGUGGCGGUGGCGGUGGUUACAGCGGAGGAAGCAUUGGUAGUUACAGCGGAGGAGGCGGUGGCAGUGGCUACAGCACCAGCUACAGCAUCGUUCCCAUCUCAACUGGCGGAGCGGGAAAAUACCCGGCAGCUCUGCCCUCUUCCCAUUACGGGGGCUAAAUGUAUCCAGUAUUUGCGUUCAAUUAUGAACAUUGAGCAGCUGUGUUAUGCUAUGGCCUAUGUUAUUGUGAUACAAAUACCGGUAACUUGAGAUGCUUCAUGGUGGGUAACGAUUGAAUGCAUGGUGCGAUAGCCACUCCAUGCUUAGAGGGGUAUGUUAUUACUGACUGGCUUGCAAUUAAAGAAUCCGGAUGCUGGUUUCUAUCGUAAUACACAUUUGAAGUACAAAGA